AUGAAUUCCCAUAAAGAGUACAUUCAACAUACUCUUAACCCGUUCCUCCAAGAAAUUGUUGCAGCUCUAAUUGAGACCAAACCAGAAGAUCCUUCACAAUUCAUGACCAAAUGGCUUCAAGGCCGCUUAGGGCUGCAUGAUCAGCCUUCAGAAAAAGAAGAACUGAGAAUGCUAAGACAAGAAGUCGCAAGGCUAAAAUCAACUCAAAACGUCGGGUCAGAAGGCGAAGAAAGCGAAAUUUCUGAAGGAGAAGCAAUAGAAGAAGACCUAGCCGAAAAAAGUAGGAGAAAAUCUCACCGAAGUGCAGUUUCAGCUGAAGUCUAUGGGAGCUGGAACAAAAAAGAAGACUUUGUCCCAAGAGUCAUUGAAAAAAUGCAUGAACAAAAAGCAAGGAUUGUGGAGAGACUUGGCCGAGCUUUUAUGUUUACUCCAUCAAAUAAUUUCGGCCCAUUUAGAAUUUUCUUGUGUUUUAAAUCUUAAACGAUUAAUUUUUUCAUCAAAAUCUCAGAAAAAUAUGAACCAUAAUAUGACUAGCAAGGUCAACAUGGCUACUUUUAUUUACUCCUCCCUUCAUGAGCAAACAAAAUAAUUUUUGUUAAUUUUUUUUAUAAAAAAAUUAUAUGGUAAAUUUUUUUACGAAUUUAAAAAUACCAAUUUAACACAAAUCUUAAUUUAAUUUGUAAAAUUUAUUUUUAAAAUACAAUUGUUUAAAAUUAACUGAAUUAGUUAGAAAUUUAAUUAUACUAAUUAUCAUUUAUAUGUCUAAAUUUUUGUUCGCUCAUGGAGGGUGGUUUUUACCUAAAAAGGGAUUUUCCAAUUGUUUUGCUCUCUCACAGAAGGGAGGAGUUAGGCUAUUUUUUCUUUAGGUGAGUAUUUGCCCAGCUGACAAAGAGCUUUUUAUCAAGCCAAAUUCUACCAUUGGGCUAUCGGACCCCGGCCUCCUGAGGUACGACGGCUGCUAGAUGGACCAGCAUCAAGGCAUAUGAACAAGACUGAGUAGUGUAAGCAACCCGAGUCUUUGCGUGAUUUAAAGUCGGCAGAGAGGCGAACGUCUAAGGCAAGAUGGAAGCAAUUCUGCAGCUAAUCGAACUCCAACAGAGGAGAUGCAAGUUAACUGGAUAAUCAGAUCGAAUAUGGGCGUUCUUCCGUUGACAACACGGCAAAAAAGUGAGAUAAUCGCCUUGUCAUAGCUAGGUGUGGUAACAACGGCCUCAAAGCCUAGCGUGGUGAGUUUUAGCUCCACCAUAAAAUGUUCUUAUGAGCAUCCUAAACCUUUUCAGCAAAUCUAACAUACUUUAAAAAAUCAUGCAAAAUUAUUAUCACUAAUUCGAUAUGAGGAGCUAGCGCUUUUGACGAAAGAGAAAAAGAGAUUGUUGUCAAUGCUAUGGAUGAGUGCAUCUUUCGCAAUGGCGACACUGUAAUUAACCAAGGAGAAGACGGAAACGAGCUGUUCGUCGUCGACUCCGGCACGCUAAAAUGCUACAAAAAUAUCCAUGGUGAAAAUAAAUUCCUAAAAGACUAUUUUCCAGGCGAAGCCUUUGGAGAGCUCGCUUUACUUUAUAACGCCCCACGCGCAGCUACCAUCAUAGCCUCAAGUGACUGCGUCUUGUGAUCUUUAGACCGCGAGUGCUUCAACCACAUCGUAAAAGGUUCCGCAAUUCGUAAGCGAGAGCGCUAUGAAGCCUUUUUAUCAAGGGUCGAAAUCCUAGGCUCAAUGGAUCCUUAUGAGAGAUCCCAGCUUGCUGACGCUUUUAUUUCUGCGGAAUAUGAAGAAGGAAGCUAUGUCAUUAAAGAAGGCGAACAAGGAGACGUGUUUUAUAUAAUUGAAGAAGGUUCAGCAGUUGCAACAAAAACAAUAGUCCAUGGCCGGGCUCCUGAAGAGGUCAAACAAUAUGGCCCUGGAGACUACUUUGGAGAGCUGGCUUUGAUCAGAAAUGAGCCAAGGGCGGCCAAUGUGAUUGCGACUUCUCGCUUGAGGUGUGUGUCACUUGAAGGCAUAUUCAUAAAAUGGAAUCAUAGGAAUAGUUCUCUCAAAAAACUUUUAGGAUGGGCUCAGCUUUCCAGUAAAUCUUUAUCCAGCUACACCAGGAUGGUCCGACACAUGGUGGUCCAGCUUUCUGAAUAAAAGAUAGCGAGUGCAAGUCCUCAUCUGUGAAGAGCAAUACACAGUGAAAGGCUUGAUCGGACUUGCAAGCAAGCGGUGAAGUGAUAAUGAAGAUGAAUGAGGCCUUCGGGCCUACCAGGAGCACUUCUAUAAUCUUAAUUAAGUUAAGUUAUAACACACCUGCUAUAAAGGGUGAUCAGAAAUGGCUUGUGAUUUCACCAACUGGAGUCGAAAGGGUGGCCCAGGCAUGCAUAAAUCGGCAUGUUGAAGUGGAAUAGCACGUAAAAAAUUAAUUUAGCAAGUAAGCGUCACUUGACAGACACUCUUUUAAAAGAAUGCUCGGACCUCUUGAAGAAAUCUUGAAGAGAAAUGCAAAACACUACGAAGAGAUAAUCGCCAUGAAGAGAUAA